AUGAAUGCAUUCCAGACAGCUGUUAACAUUGACGAUCAGCAGGCACAUCCUGAAGGUACGACAUUCUGGUUCCGAUGGUUCAUUCGGGUGGUUGCUGUUACCACUGGACUACUUGCAAUGCUUUGUGGAUUGUUUGGUGCGUUGAGUAUAUCGCCUUUCUGUAUCAUCGCUGGUGUGAUGAUGAUUGUUCUCGGCUUCGCAUUAAUCAUGUUCGAAGUACCAGUUUGCUGUCAGUUUGUGCAAUAUACUCAACCAGCAGCAAAAUUUUCGGAACAACGUCCUCCAUGGCAAAAGGCAAUACUUUAUUCAGUACCACCACUAGUUCCAUUAUUGCUUUGCCAUUCAAUCAGUAUUGUCUUCGGCUUCAUCUGUAUACUGGUCAACGGCGCUAUUCAAUUUAUGUUAGCUGUUGGCAAAAAAGCACCAUUAGAAGAGAUGCUUCAACGAGCAGGUGUUGGUAGCAACAUUCGAGGUCCACCUGUACCUGAAGGUCCACCAAUGAACGCAUCUGGAAUGCCGCCACAACCAGCCAUGGGUGAUAAGGGAUUCAACUUUACCCCCUUACAUUAA